AUGGUUGAGCUCAUCCACACUGGCCUUCAUCCAAUUCAUCUCCCUCACCCACUGAAUAACCGACACCGCCGCAUCCUCCACCAUCUUCUUGUCGGCCGCCGCCAGCCCGGCUGCAGCCCUGACUGUGUUCCUCAUUUCAUAAGCAUAAUCCUCGAGGCUGUUCCUAGCAUUGACCCUCCUCCUGUAGUCAUCAUCCUCCCCCCUGUGUCUCGCGGCAUCCCACACUAUCCUAUCAAUCUCCUCUUUCGACAACCUCCCUUCUUCAUUGGUUAUAGUGAUCCCGUUUGUUCUGCCCGUCGACCUCUCUUUUGCCGAUACACUGAGUAUGCCGUUGGCGUCAAUUUUGAAGCACACGUCCACAUUUUGCACGUGCCUCGGGGCAGGUGGGAUUCCCUUCAGUAUGAACCGCCCGAGCAGGACGGCUGCCUGCACGGCGGCACCGUACGCAACAGCCUCAUCCGGGUUAAUGCUCCUGCACAGCUCCUUUCCCUCGAAAAUAAACUGCAGCAUCUUCUGAACCUUGGGAAUCCUGCUCGAGCCUCCAACCAGAACGAUAUCAUGGAUGGCAGCCUUCUCCACCCCAGCAUCUCUCAGGCAGCUCUCUACAGGGUCGACGCAUUUUUCGAACAGGUCCAUGUUGAGAUCCUCGAAUUUAGCGCGGGUAAUGCUAGAGUGGAAGUCAAUUCCCUCGUGCAGACACUCAACGUCCACGUUGGUCUUAGUAUUGGUCGAGAGAACCCUCUUCGCCCUCUCGCAAGCUGUCCUCAGCCUCCGUAG